AUGCCGUUGUUAGAUCUGCCCUUGGAGAUCUUCGAGGAAGUCCUGGCGGCUGUUGCAGAGGACGUCGAGCAGCGGAGUCUUCUACGAUAUCGACUCAUCUGCAAAACGUUCGCAAACAUCAUCAAGAAACGUGUCGUUGCAGCCGCUGUCCCAAAGGAUCUCGCCAAGUUCCUGGAUGACCGACUAUCCACUCGCCUAUUCGAACAACAUGGUAGCGAUGUUCUUGUUAGAAUUUAA